CGGUGAGAGUGCGUCGCAACGUUACAGAGCGGAUAAACGCGUCUGUUGGAAUUUAACCCAGCCAGCUCGUUUGCUCUUCGUUCCCAAACGUCGAGGAACGAUUAGUUAGAAUUAAAACACACUGUCAAUGGAGUUCAAUCCGUCGCCGUGACUCCUCUUUACCGCCUCUCACCAGAAGAUCGUGCGUUGCAGCAGCAUCCGUGUGUGGGCUACCUGCUUCUGUCGGUCGCAAGGAUGGGAACCGUCCUGUCUAUAUCCCCUGCGACAAAGAAGGGAGCUAUUAUGGACGGCGAUGUCGCAGCAAAUGGAGUUAAUAAAAACGACAAGAGCCUCAAACGGCACUCGAUGUUCGUCUCUCUCUCCUGGAAGAAGCUGGUGGCCAAUUCUGCCAAGAAGAGUGCCAAGAAAGUCAACCCCAACCCCCCGCCGGCCGCCGACCCCCCGACCAGCCAGGUGGCUCUGCUCAACAGCGAAAAUAUCAAGAAAUCGCACCAAACCGAAGAGAAGAAACCCAAAGUGCCCAUUCCUGUCCCAGUCCCCACUGUCCCCCAGCAAAACAACGAGACCCUAGACCAAAGUGGGAGGCUUUCCAAGGUGCAGAAGCAGUCCAGCAGCCUGUCUUUGCUGUCUCCGAGGCGGGUGAUCAUCCAGGCUUCAACCGGAGAGCUGCUGCGCUGUUUGGGAGACUUUAUGUGCCGCAGGUGCUUCAAACUGAAGGAGUUAACCACCGGAGAGGUCAUUCUCUGGUUUCGAAACAUCGACCGGACUCUUUUGAUGCAGGGCUGGCAGGACCAAGGGUUUAUCACACCGGCCAACGUGGUGUUCGUUUACCUGCUGUGCCAGGACACGGUAACAGACGACAUUGGCAGCUCUGUGGAGCUGCAGGGCACCUUUCAGACAUGCCUCUACCUCGCCUACUCCUACAUGGGCAACGAGAUCUCUUACCCCCUCAAGCCGUUCAUGAAUGACUCGAACAGGGACGUUUUCUGGGAUAUGUCGCUCAGCAUCAUCAACAGGAUGAGUGCCAAAAUGUUGCUGUUGAAUUCAGACCCGCACUUUUUCACCGAGGUCUUCCAGGACCUCAAAAACCAGCGGGAUGCCAGUGAGACAAACUUGGACCGCUGAGUUGAGGCAGGAGGACAGAACAUAAAAUCGGUGAUGUGUUUUUUGAUGAAUGUCACAGUCACAGAAUGGUGGUUUUGAAUGUAAAGCCUCACACUGAAGGGCUGCCACCCUUGUCAAUCGUGAGCUGAUUAUCUUUCUAAAGCAUUCAAGUCGCUACACUACUUCAGUAUGGUGUCUAGGUUACAGUUUAGGACAUGACGUUCAGUGCAUGCCGGCGGUAAGCUCGUAUUGUCCUCUAUUUUCUUGUCCCUCGGGGUGCUCGCGGGAAACAGGCUCUCAUUUAAUGAUUCAAUUCUAAAUUACAACGUGAAAUUCAAAUUU